UGAGCUACUAGCUUUCUCAGCGCCGUUACCUGUUUCAUCUUCUUCUCCGCCUUUAAUUUUACAAGCAGUCGACCUCCCUCCACAUCGUCUCCACUGCGCUGCCAGCCUUACUUCUACGUCUCAGCAAACCUCCACAUCUUCCUACUCGCACUUGAGGUUUGCAGGUGCUGAGCGAGAGGCUGAGAUGGGCGAGGCGGCGUCUCCAGCACCGGCCAAGACGUACUACGACGGCUGCCCCGGGUGCGCCAUAGAGCGGAGGAAGGAGAGCAGCAAGGGGAUCCCGUACAGGGAGCUCUCCUUCGUCGGAAUCACCACCUUCGUUUCAUCUUUGCCGAUCACGUCGCUGUUCCCGUUUCUCUACUUCAUGAUACAAGACUUGCAUGUUGCUCAACGAGAAGAAGAUAUUGGAUUCUAUGCUGGAUUUCUUGGUGCAUCAUAUAUGGUUGGUAGAGCUUUCGCGUCAAUCUUUUGGGGAAUGGUGGCAGAUCGCAUUGGGCGAAAGCCUGUAAUAGCAUUGUCGUUACUUUCAACAAUUGUUUUCAAUACUUUAUUCGGAUUAAGUGUGAAAUAUUGGAUGGCUAUUACUACAAGGCUGCUGCUUGGAUCUUUAAAUGGAUUUCUUGCACCAAUAAAGGCUUACUGCAUUGAAGUUUGUCGGGAUGAACAACAAGCUUUGGGCAUGUCAACCGUCAAUACAGCAUGGGGAUUGGGCCUUAUAAUUGGCCCAGCAAUUGGGGGCUACCUUGCCCAGCCAGCCAAACAAUAUCCACACAUUUUCAACGACAAAUCAACAUUUGGGAGAUUCCCAUAUCUUCUUCCAUGUCUCUGCAUAUCAACUUUGGCAAUUUUUGCCCUGAUAAGUUGUAUAUGGCUUCCUGAAACUCUACACAAGCACACCAACCUUGAAAAGGUAGUUGAAGCAGCUGAACCUUCUACAUCUCAAGAACAUACAGAGUCGCCUAAGAAGAGCUUAUUAAAAAAUUGGCCACUGAUGUCAUCAAUUAUUACAUAUUCUGUCUUCUCCCUCCACGACACUGCAUACAGUGAGAUAUUUUCUCUCUGGACUGUAAGUGAUAGAAAAUAUGGUGGACUUAGCUUUUCAUCUAAGGAUGUCGGACAAGUUCUUACAGUGGCAGGUGCAUGUCUUCUUGUAUAUCAAUUAUUUGUUUAUCGUUGGCUCGAUAAGAUGCUUGGGACAAUCAACUCAACCCGCAUCGCAUCUGCACUGUCUAUACCAAUUAUUGCUGCUUAUCCGUUUCUGACACACUUGUCAGGAAUAAGACUUGGUGUUGUUCUAUAUAUGGCAGCAAUGUUUAAAAGCUCUCUUGCUAUAACUAGAGUCAGCGGCACCUCUCUUCUACAAAACAAUGCUGUCCCACAAGGGCAAAGAGGUGCUGCAAAUGGAAUAGCCACAACAUUCAUGUCCUUAUUCAAGUCUGUUGCUCCGGCUGGGGCCGGUAUUAUAUUCUCGUGGGCACAGAAGCGCCAGCAUGCAGCGUUCUUUCCAGGUGAUCAGAUGGUGUUUCUUCUGCUAAACUUGACAGAGGUACUCGGGCUCAUAUUGACCUUCAAGCCAUUCCUGGCAGUUCCCGAACAUUACAAGGAAAACAGAUAGGUCUAGAUAGUGCUACAAAGCAUGCUUGUGGUACUGUGGCACCACCGCACCAUCAUGCUGAAGACUGAAGAGCCCCCUUUUUUGUAUCUCUAGCUGUAGUAGUGUUGCUAGCUGUGUGACCUAAGCAAUCAAUCUGCUAGUUGAGCAAUCAACUGCAAUCUUGGCAUGCCCCGGUGUUCACCCAGAUGUUAGCAUACGUGUAAUAAGCAGGAACUGAAGUCUGAUGAACUCUGUAACAGUACUGAACCUUUCGAUUUCUUGAUGAAAUUGGGGGGUUUGCUUGCCCUGCUAAAGAAACGGCAAUAACU